AUGUUACGAUGCGAAACUUGCACUGCGACAUUUAUCACAGAAGCAUCACUUCGAUCACAUCGCGAAACUCAUCAAUUCGAUGCUGGAAAUACUUUAGAUAAGUUGAAAUUCUCUAAAAGAACAGUUUAUGGAAUUCCUCUGAAUGCUAUAGUUUACAUUUGUCGUCUGUGCUGCUUAGCUUAUGAAAAUAGGUUGAUUUAUCAAAAACAUAUGCAUGCACAUGGCUCCCUUUUGAGCUGUUCGUAUUGUUCGACAGUUGUAUUUAAUACCACUGCAAUGAAAAUCCAUGAGUCGCUGCAUGUGGAUCCUCAUCCUACAAAACGACUAAUAUAUAUUUGUUCGAUUUGUGUGACAACAUUUUCUAAUGAAGAGCGCCUUUACCAUCACAUGCAAAAAAUGCAUGGACAAUGUUUGUUAUAUUUUUGUAAAAUAUGUGAUCUUGCUACCACCGACGGACAAACUGUUUUUUGUCAUAUAUCCAGUAAGCAAUGCAAAAAUGAGCGGCUUAGUUCAUCCAAUCAUAUGGGUUUCACUGCGGCAUGUAUGUUUCAUUUUCAACCGGUUGAUCCACAACAGUAUGAAUUUCAACGAAAUAAUGGAAUACUGCCUGUAAUUAUACCGUCUGAAUGUGUUCAUCGAUCAUUUUUAUCUCAGAACAACUCUGAUCUUUUUUUUAUAACUUGCACCACAUGCAAAUCUUUGAUGAAUUAUGGGCGAUUUCAAGCUGAAAAUCAGGCUUUAUGCUCUAAAUUUCCGACCACUUUAAAUCGAGCAGCUGACGAUAACAGUGACACAAUCCGCAUUCUUAAUACAGUUUGGGAAGGUCGAAAUGAUCAUUUAUUACCAGUGUUGCAGUCAACUGUGUCCAUGAAUGAAAAUAUGAAGUACCUUAUAAAGCCAUCUUCUUCAGUAAUACCUUUGACCAGCGCCAGUGAAUCCCCUGCUUAUUUUGCACAAUCUGUCUGUGAUGCACAAAGUCAAUUAAACAUAAAUGAUCAAAGUACGACUGUUAAUUCAAGCUCACCUUCUGUAGUACAUUGUAUCUGGUUGAAAAUAAAUGAAUUUAAGAAAAAAUUCCAUAAGAAUAAAGAAUAUAAGAAUAUUCUUUCGGUUGAACCAGAUAUGGUGGAUCAAAGAAGAUUUAUAACGUCAACUAUGAGGGAUGAAAUAGCUCCAGCAAUUUCCGCGAUAAAUAUUCCAACAGAUAUUUCUCAGAAUUCUCCUCCAACACAUUAUUGUACUCAGCAACUGCUAUCUGGUGCACCCAACGCAAAUAUUCAAAAUAAUACCACUCUUCUAUCUUUUUUACCUCCAGUUCCACUGACUGGAUCAUCUUCCUUCACUCGACAUCCUCCUUUACCGUUGUGUUCAUCAGUUUCACCUACAGAAGCUUCAGUUUUAAUGCAGCAAAAUUUUGAGAAUAAUUCCUCUUUCAGUUCAGCCAAUAGUUCUGAAUUUCAGCAGAGUGAAGUUUUCACUUACUGGUUAGAAGUAGUAAGGAACGGAAAAAAUAAAGAUUAUAAAGAUUAG